ACCUGAUACAGACCUUGGUGCCCAAGCUCUGGGAUUGGCCUCAAGAAGGGUUGUGUUGCCCCAGUGACUGGGCUUUUGCAUGCUGUCCAAGUGCUGUCACAUCCAGACAUAAAAGUAGUCUCGAAAUAGUGCUGGGGCAGUGUGCUGGGCACGGAAGCAGCAGCCACCAUGCAGAGGCAAGUCAAGCGCUACCCCAAGAACUGCCUGCUGACUGUCAUGGAUCGCUACUCGGCUGUGGUGCGCAACAUGGAGCAGGUGGUGAUGAUCCCCAGCCUCCUGCGAGACAUGCAGCUGAAUGUGAACGGGCACCAGGCUAAGGAUGAGGCCCCCAAUCUCUACAACUACUUUACCAUGCUCAAGGCCAUCCGCGUGGAUGUGGACCAUGGGCUGUUACCCCGAGAGGAGUGGUGGUCCAAGGUGGCAGGUGGCAGAGCCCAUGAGGCUGAGGCUGAAGCUGCAGAGACAGAGGAUGAGGAGGAGGGGUUCUUGGGGCAGCUGGACCUAGAAGCCCAGUUCCACCUUCACUUUUCCAGCCUUCAUCACAUCCUCACCCACCUUACCCUGAAAGCUGAGGAGGUGACAAGGAAAUACCAGGAGAUAAUGGAACAGGCCAUGUAGGCCUUGGAUUCUAGGGAAGAUCCCUUUAAGUGACAGAAGGCAGUGACUCUGGUAAGGACAUGGAACAGUUGACUAGCUCUGAUGCAGACCAGAAUGGCCUGGACCUACAGCUGGAAGCAAAGGCGACUUGGUUCUCUGGGAUGCUUCCAUGCCUUUCUCUGAGCACCAAUUUGUGGACUUGGCACCAGGCCUUUAGAAUGCUUGUUGCUAUUCAUAGCUUACUCCUCUUAGCAGUUUGAGGUGGUGGCCAAUGGUUUGUGAGGGACUAGAUAUUACCUGACCAGUGUGGUAUGGUAGAAAGAAUGUAGGUUUUAGCAUCUGACCGAAUGAAAUUCACAUCCUUUCUCUGGGCAUUCACAUGAUCUUCUACGUUAUUUAGCCCAUUGGAGCCUAAAAUUCCUCAUCUAUAAAAUGCACUAUUACUGGCCUCAUAAAAUCUUACAGAAAUUAAACAAGAUGAUGAAUCAAAAGCAGCUGGCAUGUGAGUGCUAUUAUAUUAUAGGUUGACUUUUUUUCUCCCACCUUCACCUUGUAUUUGUUCUAGAUCUUGCUUUUUACCCUUCAGGACUAAGGGAUAGUAAAGUCCCUUGGGAUGAAUGCUUCAUUCUUGUACCUGCCAAGCAAGAGUGAAUUAUAAACAUAUUUGUUACAGUAGCAAUAAAAAAAUAAAAAUAAAAA